AUUAUGGUUUAUUCAGAUUGAACGACGUCGAAUGCUUUACAUGCGGGGAAAAUAGACAAAAACAUAGAGAUCAUAUAUAUAAAAGGAAAUCGAUAUUUAUCAGGAUUUGAUCAUAUUUUAGAAACAAAUGUGAGAUUCCUUUGUGAUAUACUUACCAUAAACAUCUUUUAUUGUCAAAGCCAUCGUCUUAACUAAAAAUAUCAAAAGAAAUGUUUAUAUUAAAUAUCAUUUGAAUAUUUUCCACGGUGAACCGUCGGUUGGAUCUUCAUCUGGUUUGUGUCUCCACACAGUUCACGUGGAAUAUUAUACUGGGAUACAAAAAAAUCAAAUUGAGCACACUGGCGAAAAAGACAGCAGCCCAUACCAGUGUUAAAUAUCCUUUUCAAGAUCUAAUGCAAUUGAAAAGACGGCCAUGAAAGGAAAAACUGUACGAGCCGACUAAUGGUGCGGCUUAAUGUCGAAAUUUGACGAGGAUCCAUUCCAGCUGUCCAGCGCACAGAUGCAGGCGCGUGGGGAUAUGAGCUUUGCGCACACGUACGCAACAAAAGAAACUGAACGAGCACAUACGCAGUGGACUCUGUACUUCUGUUUUUCCCUUCUAAGGUUUAAGCUGUAGCUUAGAAACAGCUUACGACCGCGGAAUACAAAGAUAAAGAGGAUUUUCUUAAUUAAACACACGAGUGCCUCAAAAUGGCCUCGUGACCCGCCCGCUUCUGAGCUGAGCGGCAGGAAACAGUGUGGUCAACACGUCCUCAUUCUGGCAUAUUCUGACACCAGUCCUGCUUGUGACUAUAACAGAUCAACACAAAACCAACACAAACAAGCCACCACGAAACACAAAAGAGACAUAAAGAUCCUUGACGAUUCUUGCGCAACACUUCUUUCUCGCUGAUAAAUUGGACCUGGCGUCGCCCCAAGCGCACAGAGGGAAGCAUACAGUAAAAGACAAAAAAGGCAAUGACCUGAUGAUGAGAUGAUGUUUGUUUAAUAGUCUAUUCCAUACACAUUCAGGCUAAUUUAAAUAUGCAAAAUGACAUUGCCAUAAACUGUGCAAAACACGACAAUUUGCACACCACAUACCGGCAACGGUGUUAUCUAUUCACCAGAAGAUCUGAGACACCUAAAACGCCCCACAAAACCCAAGUGUUCCUUAGUGCGCAAUCCUGCUUCUAUUUUAUCCUGCGUGCUUCACGUCAAAUGAUCCUCUGAAUAGCUGACGAAUAAACUGCAGCGAAUGUUCUCGAAAGGGGGAAGACCGAGAACAGAGGAUUGUAUAGUCCUGUUGUGCUUGAUGAUUGAAAUACCACACAGUGUUCAGAGCCCUUCUCCGACCUUAAAUGGUUAGGUGGGUGCAGUCGUAUCCCGGACCCGUGGCAUUCGUCCAAACGCUCAAAUUACAGCUGCGUUUUCGUGCCACAGGGUUUCCACCGCUUGGCGCAGCGGGGACGUCGGGGUUUUUACGCAGACGAUUUUACUGCUCAGAUAAGCGAGUUUUAUGCAAUAUCCUGCCUUCUCAAACAUAAACCAUUCUGCGUUCUAGUCUGUUUGGUUGUGAACGCCACUGCAGCAUGUCAAAGGCUGAAUAAUUUGUUAACCCGACCAACAACCUCGCCCAAACGUGGCGCAGCAGCCGUCCUCUCCACAAUGAUGUCCUUUGUGUGACGAAGCCAUUUUGAAAACGAGAACAGCAGAGAGCCAUUAAACUACACAGGCUAUUUCUGAGGUCGCGUUGGACAUGGUGCAGCAAAGUGAGGCGUCGCAACCCAACCCCCUUCUUUAAAACCAGUGUGAAAGGAUCCGACGAUGGGAAUCAAAAUGUUGCUCUUUCUUCACCGUAUAGGCCUGAUAAAAUUAUUGCAACAAAUGUUAAGGUAAAUAUCUCUGUUAGUGUACUAAUGGUCGGUGUGUGUUUUAAGUCGUAUUGUCAUCAAAAUGGUAAACUGUACGAUGUUGAGAGACUAAAUGUAUUAUGAAAUGAAUGUUUGCCCUUGGCGCAAGGUCAGAUAUACAGUGUUGCCUAACAGCGUUCACACAGAAAUGUUAAUUAACAAAAGGAUUUACAAUCCGUUAUAAAAUUAGAAAUGUAAGAUUCCUUUUUUUCUGUCACGCCACAAGAGAGAAAAACAAGUCAAUUCCUCUUUUUAGUCUUUGCUUUUUGUAAUCUGCAAUUCUUAGCUAUUUUUAAUAGCUCAUUUUAUGAUACAACUAGUGCUGUAGGGUUAAAGCAGUUGGGCACAACAGGGGUGAGUAUUAACACCCAUAAACCCUAAUCAAUCAUACCUGUGAUUCAGCAUUUUUGUAAAAGGCCAAUCGUCCUUUCUCUCUAUGGCCUGCCUUGUUUGCUGAAAUGUGAGAAGCAAUCCAUUUAAAUUGAUGCAUAUACAUGUAAAAAAACAAGCAUGCAACAGAAUGUCCUGAAGACAAAGGCUGGCUCAAAACUCAUUUAUCUUCAGGGACUACUGAAAAGAAAUACAUCCAGGCAAAUUACAACAGAAUUACAAUAAAACGCCUUUAAUUUAGCAAUAAAACAUUUUCCUGCAGCUAAAUAAGCAAAGACAAUAAAGAUAAACUUACUUAUUGAUUAAUGCAACCCAACCCCCUGAACAAGAUAGGGCCUUAAAAGCAGUUGAUCAUUUUCAUGUGUUAUUUUUUCUCUUUAAACACUGUAGUUAGUCAUAUAAAUCAAUUGCAAAUUGUUUAUUCAGUAGCAUUUGACUAAAUAAUAAAAUACUGGUGUAUGGGUGUGCCAUGACCUAGUUUGCUGGGACAAAGAUGGUUUCCAGGAAGAGGAAAAAAAGGUUAAAAAUAUCAAAGGGAUAUCAUCCAACAUUUAAUCUUCCUUCUUCUCAGAUCCUGUAAAGAGAAACACUGUAAUGUAUUAAAUAGUCCAUAAAAGGCUGAUGAAAUCAAGAUUUAGAUCCCUUUAGGAACAAAGGAAACCCAUUUUGGCCAUUGAGUUCCAGUGUAGGAGAAAAUGGCUGCGCCUGCAUUCAGCCUUCUUUCUGCUCUCUGUAGGAAGAACUGAAGGCUGUGCUUCUAAUAGUGGAAUCUAACAUGGUGCUUCAAUCUGAUUGGCCAGAGAGGGAACUGCUGUUAACCAGCCAAUUGCCCAAGCACCGCAGAAUAUCAAACAAUGUUCAAAUGCUUGAAAACAUUGAGACGUGUUACAACCACUGUUACUACAACAACAACAAAAAAACAUUAGACGAUGUACCAGAAAAAAGUAUAUUCGAGGAAACCUUAAAUCACUUAGGGAAGUCUCUUAGUGAAGCUUGUUUUACAGACAGGCGGCAAAUGAAACAUCAAAACAUAUUCCGACAAAAUGUCGCAAAAUUGCUUGUGAGUUAUCAUCUAAAUAGUUUGCGUUAUCGGAGUGUGUCCCAAUUCAGUUUAAACAACCUUCCCCAGCGUCGGUCCUCCAUGUCCAUCUUGUGUUUAACGUCCAUGUAAAUCUAGCAAACAGAUUCAACGCGAAUUACGCCUUUGUUUUUCUAUUCUAAAACCGACAAAUACUGACUUUUUACUCGUGCGUCGCGCUUAAAGCCGCGUCUACGCAUUAAGACUAUUCGCACGAAAAGAGUAUUUUGGUUCAACGAUUAAGAACAAUAAUCUGAAAGUGCGUGUCGAAAGUGCCGCCGCGUCGGUAGGUUGAGUUAGUGGUGUAUUGUGGGAGAGACAGAAACCCCAGACUAGAGGCACACAAUAUGUGUUGGCUCGCAAAAAGGUGGCAGUAUCUUUAAAAUCAUGUAAUGUGAUCGGCGAGAGGUUGAAGAUCUAGCCGUUUGACGCAAAACUACUCGAUCGGACACAAAAUGUCCAGACCUGGAGAAAGAAUUAAGCUAAAUGAAGAUCACGGUAGAAGGCAGAGUUCAAGUUUGGCGAACGGAAUGGACAACAGCCAUCCUGUCUGCAAUUCGGGAGAGAAACGAAGUCACCAUUGGAGAAGUUAUAAGUUGAUUAUUGACCCGGCGUUGAAAAAGGGAUCGCACAAACUCUAUCGCUACGAUGGACAGACCUUCAGCGUGCCGAACCCCGGAAUGUCACCAGUGGACAUCGUUAGAGACCCGAGAAUCGGACGUCUCUGGACGAAGUACAAGGAGCUGGAUCUCCCGGUUCCUAAAUUUAAGAUCGAUGAAUGUUACAUCGGUCGCGUGCCGCCGAAGGAGAUCACGUUCGCCAGACUGAACGACAACGUCAGAGAGGGAUUCCUCACAGACAUGUGCAAGAAGUUCGGCGACAUCGAUCAGGUGGAAAUUUUGUACAACCCGAAGAACAAAAAACACCUCGGAAUAGCUAAAGUCGUGUUCGGAACUGUCAAGUCGGCGAAAGAUGCCGUACAGAAUCUUCACAACACGUCUGUUAUGGGCAACAUCAUCCACGUGGAGCUGGACCCUAAAGGUGAAAAUCGCCAGAGGUAUUACCAGCGUCUGAUCAAUGGAAGUUACACUCCACUCACACUUCCAGUUGGUGGUGAAGAGGCUUGUGAAGUUUCUCCACGCAGCCUGGCUGAAGCCCUGCUGGCAUGCGAGCCGUUGCGAAGGCUAUCUGAAGGAGGGACUUCUGCGGUCACAGGUCCUGCCACACCAGGCAGCACCAACACGCCCGUGUCCCUGGACACGGCCUAUUCCAGCCUAAGGCAGGACACGCCACAGUCCCAGGGUACGCCACACACCCCGCGCCAGUCGGGCACCCCGUUCUCUCAGGACUCAAGCUACUCCAGCAGGCAGGGAACUCCGGCUUUCCAACCUAACCGUUCGGAAUCCUCGGGAGGCUACAAGGCGAGGAGGCAUGAAACCAAAUUCCAGGACGCCUACAAUCGCAGACCGGAGAGGCACUACGUCCACGGCACCGGAGGUGCUCACCGUGGCAACGUGGAGCCCCAGCAGCACAGUUUUAAGCAGCAUCAGCCGCCCGAGCCGCCCACCCCUGCUUUCGCGCACACGCCUCCAGCGAACGCGAACUUCAAGACUGCAUUCUCUCCUUAUCAGCCUCCGAUGCCCCCUGUGUAUCUCCAACCAGAGCCCCCCUUCCACCAGCCCGUUCAGCGGGAGGUGGAUUACAGAAGACCCCCACACAUCCCUCCUCCUCCGAGUACUGACUUUAUGCCCGUCCGAGACAGACCCGCGACGCCGCCGAUCCCCGAACCGCCCCCCGCACCAGAAUCCCAUCCGGCCACGCCUCCCCCUUCAACGCCCGAGCCCUGCCCUUCCGUUGGCACCCCGACCCAGGAGUCAGAGCGUAAUAGCCUGGACUCUCGCAUAGAAAGGCUCUUGAAGCCAUUCCUGAACGAGUGUGGCGACUCGGACAAUGAGGUGCGCAUGGACGGGAGCCCGAUUUCUUCGUCGUCCUCGCAGCUGUCCCCCAUUCCCCCUCAGCGGGCCUCGCGGCCUUCGAGCACCGGCCUGGAAGACAUCAGCCCGACUCCCCUGCCGGACUCUGAUGAUGAUGAUGAUCCUAUCCCUGGUACUGCUUCCCUCCUGAAGAACUCGAGGGCCAUGUCGCCCUCCGAAGUGCACAGUAAGAGCGCUUCGGGACAGACACCCACAGACAGAAUGGACACGUGUCAUCAGUCCUCCGGUGAAGACAUGGAGAUAUCUGACGAUGAGAUGCCUGGCACACCGACUGGAAGCGGCGACAAAAGCAUUGUGGUCAACUCUGCAGUGUCUCCAAUGCAGACCAUUGCUAUGGCCCCACCAGGGUUUCCUCCUCUGCCCCCUCCCCAGGCUGGUUUCCCCCUGCCGCUACCUCCCCUUCCGCCCCACUCAACCGUUCCGGGUCCCCCACAUCCCCACCUGGCUGCCCAUCCGAUGCUGCACCCGUUGCAUCCUUUUCCCCCUGGCAUGAUGCCUAUUAUGCAGAUAGACCUGAUGAGCGCCAUGCCACAGUGGGGUAGCGUGCACAUGUCCUUCCAGAUGCAGACCCAGAUGUUAAGUCGCAUGGCGCAAAGUCAGCGACCAUAUCUGUACCCUCAUUACAUGGGCGGGGCUGCAGGGGCCGCAGCUGCUGCGUUGCAGUUUGGUGGUCCGUACCAUCCUCCUUCAAUCGUUGGCGCCCCCGCUGGUACUGUGGGGCAUGGACAACCCUGGCCCUUACCUAACAUGCCCAAGUUUAACCCUGCUGUACCCCCGCCCGGCUAUGAGCCUCAGAAGGAAGACCCGCACAAAGCCACUGUGGACGGUGUGCUUUUGGUUGUUAUGAAAGAACUAAAGGCCAUCAUGAAACGAGAUCUCAACCGCAAGAUGGUGGAGGUCGUGGCCUUCAGGGCGUUUGAUGAGUGGUGGGACAAACAGGAACUUUCUGCGAAGGCUACAUCUACACCUGUGAAGACGGGCGAGGCUAAAGAAGAGGAAAAGGAACGUGCCAAACCCAAAGAGACUAUAUCCUCGAGCUUGCUGGAAAACUGGAACAAGGUUGAGAGUCUGGGCUUCGAGGGAAUGGGUCUCGGCAUCGGCUUGCGUGGUGCCAUCAGGCUGCCAUCUUUCAAGGUUAAGAGGAAACAGCCCCCUGAACCAACAUCCACCAGUGACAACAAAAGGGUGCGACCAUCCACACCUGUGGAUGAUGAGCUGGAAGAUGAAGAGUCAGAAAGAACAGAUCUUCACCCGGACGGAUCCAGGCCGGAUGGUGCUGCCGCCUCCGCUAAGCGAAGGCCAGCCAGACCUCUGGAGCUAGACAGUGAAGGUGAGGAGGAGGAGGAAACCUCCGGUAAAGAAGAGUCACUUUCAGAACGUGAAGAGGAGCCAGAGGAAGACAUCUCUGAGAGGUUGUCUCCAGCCAAGGAUAUGGAGGAAGAAGAAGACGUUGAAAACAAGAGUGAAUCAGAAUCCAGUGAAAGUGAAUCAUCGGACUCAUCAGAUGAUGAAUCUUCCAGCUUGUCGUCCUCCAAAUCUGGUUCAGAUUCCUCCGAGAGCGAUAGCUCGUCCGUCUAUGAAUCAAGUUCAGAGAAGGAGGAAGAAGAAGAAGAAGAGGAGGAGGAAGAAGAAGAGAGAGCAGUGGGAAUUGAUGAUGAAGCACAAACCUCAUCGUCAUCAUCAUCUUCCUCACCCUCGUCUUCUAAUGAAGAGGAGGAUGUAAAAUCCCCCUGUACCCCCAUAGAACCACCACCAGAGGAAAAUGCAGAGUUGAGUAAAAUAGAGGCGUUCGAAGAGUCUGACAUCGGUCACAAACACGCAACGGUGAACUCGAGCAAACCUGGUCUUGAAAGCCUUCGACCCCCAUCGCCCAAAGAACUACCAGUUGAGGAACCUGAUAUUGACUUGGACGUCAGUGUUUCUGUAUCCAGAGCAAACCUGGAGGAUGUCGGUAGCUUGCAACCAUCCACCCCAACAGGUGCGUUUGCUGACAGCGAUCAGGACAGUAAACCAAAGAUCCCCGUAGAAGAAGAAAUCCCCCGAACCCCUGGUCGCGACGGCCCGCUUCCUCUAGAUUCCGAAGCCCCAAUCCCGCUUCCUCUUUCUGCUACUUCCAUGCACCUUCCUCUUCCCCCCAACCAUGCCCUCGAAGCACGCCUACUGCCGACCCCUGAGACUUUGCCAGAUAUGCCUGUUCGCGGGCGCUUGCCUACGGAGGAGGACAUCCCGCGCACGCCAGGGAGAGACCUCAUGGACCGACCUCGAGGUUUGGGCAAGUCUCAAAGCAUAGAUACUGUUCCAGUUACACCAGGCAGUGACACCCCGCUAACAGGUAACAGCUUGAGCUCCCCGCACAUUCCCAGCAGCCCCUUCUCUUACCCCGCCCAAUCCCCAGUCCUUAGCGCCGGCCUACCUCGGACUCCGGGAAGGGAACUUACUUUUACUCCAGCUUUCCCUGACUCUGCUGCUUUGGUUACGGGCCUUCCCAUUCACAGAAAGACCUCUUCUGAAAGCUUGGAGGAGAAGUCUCUCUUCAAAGAGCCUCUCCUCAGCGCCUCUCCGCAGGCCAGCCUACCUAACAAUGCCGCUUCCUCUCCUUUCCCUGGUGCUCCCCUUCCUGCUGCUUCACUUCAGGAGCCGGCUCUGCCUCCCCGAGGCUCCUCUCCUACUUCUCUCGACACUUCCUCCACCGCUGUUCCCAAAGACCUACCUGUUCCAUUGACAGAUGUUCCUGUGCCCUUAGAUGCAACACCGCCCAAGAGGAAACCGGGACGUCCCAAGUCUAAAAAGGUGCCCUUGGUUUCUCAACAUGACGAUCAAGAGCCUCUGGCUCCGAUCAUGGCCUCCUUACCUCCAGACUUUCCGGGUAUGGAUCGUUCUACGGAGACCUUCAAGGAAGAAGAUAGCGACUCCACAGCCAUGGAGGACAAAGAAAACCAACCUCAGACAGUCAUACCCAAGGUGGACGAUAAGCUCUUCUACGUGGAAGAACCCAUUCAGAAGACGCGUCGGCAGAGGCGUGGCUGGCAGGAGCUGUUGCGCUCCAUGCAUGUCCCCGUGACCUCUCCGCCUCGGCUCAAUUUUCAGCUUCGCUCAGAUUUUGAGGAGAUGACCAUCUUGUAUGACAUAUGGAACGAUGGCAUCGACGAGGAGGACAUGCGCUACCUUAAGGUCACCUACGACGAGAUGCUUCAGCAAGACAAUGGCAACGACUGGCUCAACGACACACUCUGGGUUCAGCAUCCUCCCACCAACAUGGGCAUCGUAUCGGGGGCGAAACGGAAACGGAAAGAGGACGGCAUGCGGUACCACGUCACUGGCUGCGCUCGCAGCGAGGGCUACUACAAGAUCAGCAAGAAAGACAAAAUGAAAUAUCUAAACAGCUCACGCUUGCAGUCAGAAGAGCCUGACAUGGACACACAGGGGAAAAGUAUUCCAGCACAGCCCCAAGCGUCUUCUAGGGCAGGUUCAGAACGAAGAUCAGAGCAGCGACGUCUGCUGUCGUCCUUUAGCUGUGACAGUGACCUCCUCAAGUUCAACCAGCUCAAGUUCCGUAAAAAGAAGAUCCGGUUCUGUAGAAGUCACAUCCACGACUGGGGUUUGUUCGCCAUGGAACCCAUUGCUGCUGACGAGAUGGUUAUCGAAUACGUCGGCCAGAACAUUCGACAGGUUAUUGCAGACAUGCGAGAGAAGCGCUACGAGGAAGAAGGCAUCGGCAGUAGCUACAUGUUCCGCGUGGAUCACGACACGAUUAUAGAUGCCACCAAAUGUGGCAAUUUCGCCCGCUUCAUCAAUCACAGUUGCAAUCCAAACUGUUAUGCCAAGGUCAUCAGCGUGGAGUCGCAGAAAAAGAUCGUCAUCUACUCCCGGCAGCCAAUAAAUGUUAAUGAGGAAAUCACCUACGAUUACAAGUUCCCCAUCGAGGACGAGAAGAUUCCUUGCCUGUGCGGUGCAGAGAACUGCAGAGGAACCUUAAAUUAACCGCAGUCGGUAGAACCUUCUUGAAACAUGCACUGCCCGACAAGCCCAGACGCCCAGUUUCCUGGAGACACCAUGCCAUAACCGCAGGGAGCUACAGAGGAACCGGUGGGUGCGAACCGACACGUCCACUGAAUAUAUUGUGCAGCUAAGUGUCUGGGACUUCAUUUUGUACGUUCACGAUUGUUUACGAUUUAAAGGUGCUCUUUUAAGCAUAUGAGAUGAGUUUUCUACCACUCUUCCGUCGGCCUCUGACGGACCUAUUUUUCCCCAAAUUGUUUGGGUUUGUCGUGUGCCAGUUUGGCACGGUUUUGUCUUUCCCUUGGAGCACCUGGUUUUCGUCAGCCCCUUUUCCCUCAGCGGUUCGGUGAUGGAGAGACCUCCACAUGCCCGGACACUUCAAGCUGAGCAUAUCUGUCCCACACGCACAAAAUUCUUCGAAAUGUGUUGUCUUGGACCCAUGGCGUAUCGAUUCAUUUAGGUUAAAAAGGAAAUUUAAGCUGACGUGGGUUUUCACAACAUUAUGCAAAAAAUGUGAUACCAAGAAGGACUGUAACGUGCCCAGAAAAGGUUUAGUAUUCUUUGACACUAAGCGAUGAUGGAAACUGGGUGAAUUACCUUCAGUUUGUGCAAUGUUCAACAAAAGCACACCUGCGUCGGCCUCGAAACAAAUGAGCAGAACAGGUCCACAGCGCAGGCAAAUUUACACAAAGCGAAACGCACCCACCAUAAAACUUGAGCCAGCGACGCUUACGUGACCUAAAGACCGGGCCAUUUCAUAAAAGAUCAAAAGCAAAUCAAACAAUACACUACACUUGUGCUUUCAUUUUAUCAAGCAAUCUUCAAACAUCACUGUGGAAAUGUAAGUGCGUCUGCUGCCCCCUACUGUCUGCGACGUGUAAAGACUGAAAACGCUGCUUUCCACUCGGAAGCUGUAUGGCUUGGUAUUAAUUCUGCUUCUUGUCCCGCCGCAUCGGCUCACUUUUUAGAGUCAAGACAACAGUUUGCACUCGGCAGAUAAACACGUGGAGGUCCAAUUGGCUUCGUACACAUCCAGUCACUUGUAGUUAAGAAAUUCUCUGUAGACGGAACAAUGCUGCUAUUCUGUGAUACUGCAAACACACGGCUUUCUCCAGCUGUUCACUUUAAAGAUGCAAAUCCACCUGCACUUGUUUCGGGUCAGUUGGCACGAUGGUGGUUUUUAAAGUGUUAAGAGUGCUCUAUGUGUGCUAUGGGUGAUGGUGAAUUCAGUGAGAACCUCACGCUUUUAAUGAUAUGUCCAUAAAUGAAUUAAAUGGAGAACUUAAUGUUAAUAAUAAUAUAUAAUCUAUCCGAUCUUGUAUGACCAGUGUUGAGGAUAUCAGGCCCUGAAAGUAUUAGGUCUCAGAGCUGCUCUGGUCGAAGUCAACUUGAAGUUGUCUGGUACGAAUCAAGCAGUCGAAUACAGUGCCAAAUAUGUACUCGAGGACUUUUAAGUGUCGCGGCUCCAAGGGCGAACAUGUUUUCCACCUUUCUCCUGUGUGUGGAUCUAUAAAUGACCUGAUAGUAGAAUCUAUCUCUGUUCCACUGGUACAUAUGGUUGAUGUCACUUCUGCUCAGUAUUUAACAUUCAAAAUGUGUUCAAAGAGCUCUCAAAGCUUGGCCAAAUUUCCCCUCCGAAGACGGAGGAUUUGUCAUCUGCCAGGCAGCAUUGGGUCACUGUGUCUUUUUCUUGAUUUGGUUGUUUAGACAUGCACUAGAGGCCGCCACCCCCCAGUCUAACCGAGCUAUAAAUCUCCUCCUUUACAUUAGAGCGCUCGCAGCGUAAGGUCUCCUGUCUCUUGGUUUUUGUUCGUCUUUCUUUUAAAUAUGUUUAUAUUGUACAGCAUAUGGUCAUUUGUAGAAAGGAAUGAGGCUUUUUUUAUCUCGACGGGGAGUGACGAUGCAUCGUUCUGCUUUUAUGAGCGACAGGUGGAGUAUUUAAAAUGACUGUUUUUCAGGGAUCAUUCUACGAAAAAAGAUAAUUUAAGGAACGCGAUGCAUCUUGUACAUAAACCAGAUUUGUACUUCCUUUUGAAAGAUUGUUUCUUGUGGAAACGUCUUUUUUUCUGCCCAUUUUCCUUUGGAUUCUUACGUGUACAUACUUUAACUGUGAAUAUAUAAAUAUAAAUAUAUAUAUAUAUUUUUGUUCCUGAGGAUUUGAUACAGUGUCACGGCUCAGAAUGGUCUAUCUGACAUCGAGCGCAGAGAGCUGGAGGCAGUAUGUUCAGCUUGCGUCAAGCUUUACUCUUUAUUUUUGGUUGUAAAUUCUAUGAAAAUCUGUUUGCAGUGUGUGGGGGGAAGCAUUAUCAUUCAGAAAUGGCAGGGGACACGGCUCCUGUCUAUUUAUUAUACCACAAAUGUAUGGAAAAAAGGUCGUGGAAAAAAUAAAGGAUUUUUUUUCA